AUGGGCAAGAUCACUUUUUACGAGGACAGAAAUUUCCAGGGUCGCUCGUACGAGUGCAACGGCGAAUGUCCCGAUCUGCACUCACACUUCAAUCGCUGCAACUCCAUCAGAGUGGAAAGCGGGGAAUGGAUGGUGUACGAGAAACCCGACUUUUCUGGUUACCAAUACUUCCUGAGGAGAGGUGACUAUCCGGACUACCAACGCUGGAUGGGAUUUAAUGACUGCGUGAGAUCCUGCCGCGUGAUUCCGAAGCUUCAAGGUUCUCACAGACUGGUCAUCUACGAGCGCCCUGAGUUCAAAGGUCAAGCCAUGGAGCUGACGGACGAUUGCCCUUCAUUGUACGAUCGCUUCCGUCGUGAUGAAAUCCACUCUUGCCACGAUAUUGAAAGCCACUGGAUCCUCUAUGAGCAUCCCCACUACAGGGGGCGCCAAUAUCUGGUGCGUCCUGGGAAAUACGGACGCUUUCAGGAAUGGGGGAGUCCUAGUCCGAGGGUGGGUUCCAUUAAAAGAAUUAGCCUGUAG